CAACAAAUCCAGCCUUCUCUUACUCUCUGUCCUCUGCCCACCAGACCACAAGAGUUCGUCGCGGCGGAGAGGAGACGACGACGAGCAGCCUCAGCUCAGAUCCGACGAGAUGGCGGCCAAGGCGAUCUCCAGCCCCGUGCCGGUGGAAUGGUACCCGACGCUGGCCAUCGUCAUGGUUUCCGUCGGCCUCAUGCUCACCGCAUCAUUCUUCAUUUAUGAAGCCACGACUUCCAGGCGGAACCGUAGUUUAGCAAAGGAGAUGGUCACAGCGUCCAUUGCUUCUGUGUUCCUGGGCUUUGGAUCUCUGUUUGUGCUCCUUGCAAGCGGUGUUUAUGUCUGACGAUCGGCUGUGCAAGCAUUUAGUUUGUGUAGCUAGGAUCUGCCAAGUUCUAAAAGAAUUAAGAUUGUGUUGUUCCUGGAGAAUAUGCAGUAGUACUAUGGACAUGUUUUACUCAAAAGGAUGAGAAGUCAAAGUUAGACCAGUGUGGUGAAAACUCUAUAAUUAUCAACAUACCAUCUGAUCCCACCUUCA